ACUCAAGCAGUGCGAUCGUACUUCCGUCUGGAAACCGCCUGUCACUGAACAGCGUUACUUUAAUUUAAGUGUUACCCAUUUUAAAAAAUUGUUUUCGCUGUUUAAAGUUAUCCAAAUAGGGAAUAUAUCAACCUGAUAAUUAAAUUAUAAUUAAUUGUCUGGAUAUACCGGUAACGUUACUUCCUGUUUUUGAACAAAUGAAUCACAGGUGAACUUUCUUCCGCCUACUCGCCGGGGAUAUCUGAAGUUGUUUUUCAAGAUGAUGCGAAAUGAACAUUUCAAAAUGAUCUUUCAAGUGUUCAAAGAUUUCGUUCCUGACCUCACGAGCGGGAUUGUGAUAGUGGUACUUUUAUCGUGUGCUUUGUUCGGCAUGCAAACAUAUUUCAACUUCAGUCCGGGAGUGCUCAGUGUUGGUGCUACUGUGUUUCAACAUGGGCACCUCCACAGGCUCUUGGCGUACCCUUUUUACCACAAAACCUCUGUUCAGCUCCUCCUGAACAUCACAGCUCUGGUGUUUCUCAGCGGUAAUCUGGAGAAAGGUGUUGGCACUGUUCGCUUCCUGUUGUUGUUCCUGCUGCUGUCGUCCACUACAGGCUUGUUCUACAGCUUCGUGGAUCUAAUGCAGGAAGACGGCAGCCAGAGUCACGCCGAGGGGCUGCUUCCUGUAGCCCUGGCAUGUGUGGCUCUCACAACAAUGCACACAAAAACGACUAAAGGAUUCCUGUGUGGGGUCAGUUUCCCGACCAUGGCUCUGCCUUGGGUGCUCCUCAUAAUCACCACUGCUGUCGUUCCGUACAGCGUCCUCCCCUGUAACAUUAUUGCCAUCCUGAUCGGUUGGAUGUAUGGGAAAGGAUGGUUCUCUCUUCUGAAUAUGUCUGCAGAAAAGGCGGGUGCUCUGGAGAAGAUGAUGCCUUUCAGGUUGGUGAGGAGCAUCAGGGGUAUCAAGUUUGUCCCUGCUUCCGCAGAGGAUAGGAAGAAAACACUCCUUCCACAACUCAACCCAACCCCUGGUUCCUACCCAGUCCAGGCUUAUGCUCCAUUGUCCAGCACGAACCCAGCCAAUAUGAAAGCCAAUAUUUAUGAAGGCUGGUCGAAUUCAACUGCUGCCCUUUCCGGUCUCAAACCACCUUUUAUUCCCCAAGUCUCUGCACAUAGCUCAGGGCCAAAUCACGGACAUGGUUCACAGCAGAGUUUUGGCCAAAGCUGCCACCACAGCCAUAGCCACGGUCAUAGUCAUGCUCAUGGUCAUUUAUAAGCAUGAUUAUGUAAUUGUUUGCUUUACAAUAAUCCAACCAUAUAGAUGAGCCUUGCCAUCAGGCACCUGCAGCGUCUCUCAUUUUUGGCUUGAUUUUACAGUAGGGUAUUACAUUAUUCAUUGACUGUCUGCAGCUUGUAUUUUAAUGACAUUUGUUUACGUGUUUGAAGUUCAUGUGUAACUUUUGUACAUACAUUUACAGAUAAACAACUUUUGUACUAUUUUCACUAAAUUCUUCAAAUAAACUUGUGUCCUAAAUAAAUAUUAAAAGUCUUGAUAGAAAAAAAAUAUAUAUGACAAUGUUUUGCACAUCCAAUAUAUUUGAAGAGUGCUAUUAAGUUGUCUGUAUGUUAACUGGACUGAAGCUUCCAAAACUUGAUGGAACUAGAAAAACGUCACAAAACGAACUAUGAUCUGCUGAUGUUAUGGUCAAGCGAUCAUUUAAAAAGAUAUUCAAUACGCCCUGAUAGAUUAAUAAAAUAUAAGUUACAACUCA